AUGGCUGGCACCAAUGAAUCCAUAAAAAGAGCCCAGCAGGAACUGAAAACUCAUCUGAAGAAGAAGUUUGAAUACAUAUUUGAAGGUUUAGCAGUGCAGGGCCACACAACUCUCCUCAAUGAGAUCUAUACAGAGCUCUACAUCACAGAGGGGGGAAGUGGGGGGGUCAAUAAUGAGCACGAGGUCAGACAGAUUGAGUCAGCAUCCAAGAGACAAACCACCCAGGAGACUCCAAUCCUCUGCAAUGACAUCUUUAAGCCUUUACCUGGACAAGAGAAAUGCAUCAGAACUGUGCUUACAAAGGGCAUCGCUGGCAUUGGGAAAACCGUCUCUGUGCAGAAGUUCAUUCUGGACUGGGCAGAAGGAAAAGCCAAUCAGGGCGUUGAUUUCAUCUUCACUCUUCCUUUCCGAGAUCUGAAUCUGAAGAAGGAAGGAGCAUUCAGUCUGAUGCAACUUCUGCAGCACUACUUUCCACAACUGAAAGAGAUCAAAAGUGUUGAAGGUGAUGAAGUCAAAGUUGUGUUUAUCUUUGAUGGUCUGGAUGAGUGUCGACUUCCUCUACAUUUCCAAAGCAAUGAGAUCUGCUGUGAUAUAACAGAGUCAUCAUCAGUGGAUGUGCUGCUGACCAACCUCUUUAAGGGGAAUCUGCUUCCCUCUGCUCUCCUCUGGAUCACCUCCCGACCUGCAGCAGCCAAUCAGAUCCCUCCUGAGUGCAUCCACCAGGUGACAGAGGUACGAGGGUUCAAUGACCCACAGAAGGAGGAGUACUUCAGAAAGAGAAUCAGAGAUCAGAACCAGGCCGGCAGAAUUAUCUCACACAUCCAGUCAUCCAGGAGUCUCUACAUCAUGUGUCACAUACCAGUCUUCUGCUGGAUUUCUGCUACUGUUCUGGAGACAAUGUUGGGUAAAGUAGAGACUGGAGAUCUGCCCAAAACUCUGACUGAAAUGUACACACACUUCCUGCUCAUUCAGACUAAUGUGAAGAAUCUGAAGUAUCGUGGCUCUGAAGAAUCAAACCCAGAGAUGUCAGCAUCAGAUACAGAAAUCAUCCUGAAACUAGGGCAGCUGGCUUUUGUAGAGCUGGAAAAAGGCAAUCUGAUAUUCUAUGAAGAGGACCUGAGAGACAGUGGCAUUGAUGUCAGUGAAGCUUCAGUGUACUCUGGGGUGUGCACAGAGAUCUUUAAAGAGGAACGUGGGUUGGGUCAGGAGAAGGUCUACUGCUUUGUGCAUCUGAGCAUUCAGGAGUAUCUGGCUGCCUUGUUUGUGUUUCAUUCAUGUGUAAAUGAGAACAGAAAUGUGCUCAGAGCAGAAGAAUCAAAACCUCACAGUGGCAGAGUGCAGCUGUCUGAGUUGCAUGAGACUGCAGUGGAUCAGGCCUUACAGAGUAAGAACGGACACCUGGACCUUUUCCUCCGAUUCCUUCUUGGCCUCUCUCUGGACUCCAUUCAUCCCCUCUUAGGAGGACUACAGACACAGACAGAAAGCAGAUCUGAGAGCAUUGAGAAAACAGUCCAGUACAUUAAGGAGAAGAUCAAAUCUGAAUCUUCCGCAGAGAGGACCAUCAAUCUGUUCCACUGUCUGAAUGAACUGAAUGACAACUCUGCAGUGGAGGAAAUCCAGAAUUCCCUGAGAUCAGGAAAACUUUCUGAUAAAGAGCUGGAACCCCACCAAUGUUCAGCUCUGGCCUUUGUGUUACUGAUGUCAGAGGAGGUCCUGGAUGAGUUUGACUUGAAGACCUACAACACAUCAGAAGCAGGUCGCCACAGACUGCUACCAGUAGUCAGGAACUGCAGGAAGGCCAUACUGCACAGUUGUAACCUAAGUGAGGAGUCAUGUGAAAUUGUGGCCUCAGCUCUCCAGUCAUCAAACUCACCCCUGAGAGAUCUGGACCUCAGCAACAAUAACCUGGGAGAUUCAGGAGUGAAGCUGCUCUGUGCUGGACUGAUGAGUCCAAACUGUAAACUACAGAGACUGGGACUGAACAGCUGUGGCCUAAGAAAGAAGUCCUUUGAAAUAUUGGCCUCAGCUCUCCAGUCAUCAAACUCACCCCUGAGAGAUCUGGACCUCAGCUACAAUAACCUGGGAGAUUCAGGAGUGAAGCUGCUCUGUGUUGGACUGAUGAGUCCAAACUGUAAACUACAGAGACUGGGACUGCACAGUUGUAACCUAAGAGAGAAGUCCUGUGAAAUUGUGGCCUCAGCUCUCCAGUCAUCAAACUCACCCCUGAGAGAUCUGGACCUCAGCAGCAAUAACCUGGGAGAUGCAGGAGGGAAGCUGCUCUGUGCUGCACUGAUGAGUCCAAACUGUAAACUACAGAGACUGGACCUCAGCAGCUGUAAUCUCACAGAGGGCUGCUGUGAUGUUCUGGCCUCAGUCUUGCGUUCUCCUCACUCAGAGCUGAGUGAUCUGCAGCUGAGAGACAACGAGCUGCAGGAUUCAGGAGUGAGAGCGCUCUCUGCUGGACUGGAGGACCCAUACUGUAAACUGCAGAGACUGGGGCUGUCAGGCUGUAGAGUCACACAGAGAGGCUGUGAUUCUCUGGCUUCAGCUCUGUGUUCAAACCCCUCACACCUGGGAGAGCUGGACCUGAGAUACAAUCACCCAGGAGACUCAGGAGUGAGAGCACUGUCUGCUGCUAAACUGGACACACUCACACUGCUGUAAGUACACACACACACACACACACACACAC